CUGCUGCCAGUGCCCGGGCAAGCAAGCGGGCAGGCGGUCAGCCAGACGCCUCCAGCAGUCGCUCUUUGCUUUCCACUCCCUCGCAACUUGUCCACAAGUCAACACUCGUCGCCUUGGCCAACGCCGCCACCCCUCCUUCAUUCCUUGUGGAUAUGACGCCGAACCGAGACGGGAGCUCGGAACCGACCGCAUGAACCCACGAACCCGGCCGACACAGUGAGACAGACAGACAGACAGACAGGCGGCCUCUGGAUGUGGUGUCUACUGCAACUCAGGUGAAAGAGGGGGUGAGCCGUUUUUAAGAAUGAAGGAGGAGAGUUUGUACCAGCGUCGGUUGUCCCUGUGCCCAAAUGUCAGCUCCCCGCCCAAAAUCGACCCCCGCACCCUCACCCGAAACCUUUCUUAUGGAGGAGACAACGACCUGUACAAUCUCAGCUCAGGCAGCGAGACGGACAGGCACGACGGCUCCGCGAUGACGAACGAGCUCAGUCCCGCCCAAUCGCCCGGCAGCAAGUCGGAGUGUAGGAUGUUUAAUGGCCUGGAGAAGGACUGCGCUUCCCCGACGGAAAAGCUUGCCCGGAAGGAGUCGCUUAAGGUACAAAAGCAGAACUACCGACAGGAGAAGAAGCGGGCGGCCAAAGAACUAUUCAGUGCGCUGAAGGACCCGAGCGUUGUCAUCAUGUCCAACUGGCUGAAGAUCCGCGGCUCUUUAAAAAGCUGGACCAAGCUGUGGUGCGCCCUCAAACCCGGCGUGCUCUUGAUCUACAAGAGCCCGAAAAGCGAGCACUGGGUCGGCACCGUCCUCUUGAGUGCCUGCAAGCUGAUCGAGAGACCCUCCAAGAAGGACGGCUUCUGCUUCAAGCUCUACCAUCCGCUGGACAAGUCCAUUUGGGCUGUCAAGGGCCCAAAAGGUGAAAACGUGGGCUCCAUCACGCAGCCUUUACCCAGCAAUUACUUGAUUUUCCGGGCGUCCUCCGAGUCGGACGGCCGGUGCUGGAUGGACGCGCUGGAGCUAGCGCUGAGUUGCUCCAGCCUCUACAAGCUAACGGCUAAGUCCGGAAGAGAAGCAGAUAUCAGCACGACGUCCGAGUCUUCCCACUUUCUUCAUCUUCUACAGUCUAGCACGUUGGCGGACGCAGAGCUUUUGCAGCUGAACGACUCCGGGCUGCUCGGUGAUCACCACAUGGACCAGGACGCCUUUUCCGACAAAUGGGAGCGCGACGCCCACGACGACUGGGACGCGUCCGCCGGAGGACGCUUGACCGAAGAGAGCGACGGCGACCAAUCGGACGAGGCGCUUUCUCCCGGCGCGGGGGCCACGCUUUACGUGGAGCAGGGUGCGGAAGAGAUGGGCGAGGCCGGCGAGGCGUCCCAAGUGGAAACGGUGUCCGAGGAGAACAAAGGACUCAUCUGGGGGAUUUUGAAGCAGCUGCGACCCGGCAUGGACCUCUCCAAAGUGGUGCUUCCCACGUUCAUCCUGGAGCCUCGCUCCUUCCUGGACAAGCUCUCCGACUACUACUAUCACGCCGAUCUGCUCUCGCAAGCCGCGCGGGAGGACGGCGCCUACGGCCGGAUGAAGCAGGUGGUCCGCUGGUACUUGUCGGGAUUUUACAAGAAGCCCAAGGGCCUAAAGAAGCCUUACAACCCAAUCUUGGGGGAAACUUUUCGCUGCUGCUGGCCUCAUCCCCAAAGUCAAGGCUGCACUUUCUACAUAGCUGAACAGGUAUCGCACCAUCCGCCCAUUUCUGCCUUUUAUGUCUGCAAUAGGAAAGACGGUUUUUCCAUCAGCGGAAGCAUCCUGGCAAAGUCCAAAUUCUACGGCAACUCCCUGUCCGCUAUUUUGGACGGCAAAGCCAGGCUACUCUUUCUGAGCAGGGACGAGGAGUACGUCAUCACCAUGCCCUACGCCCAUUGUAAAGGUAUUCUGUACGGCACCAUGACGCUGGAGCUGGGUGGAAAGGUGACCAUCGAGUGUGAGAAAACCAAAUGCUUCACCGAGCUGGAGUUUAAGCUAAAGCCUUUCUUGGGAGGGCCCUGCUCCGUCAAUCAAAUCAGCGGCAAGAUCUCGGUGGGCGACGAGCUCGCCGCCACCGUCGACGGACAUUGGGACAGCGAAGUUUUCAUCCAAGAGAAGCGCUCAGGACAGCAGUCCACCUUAUGGAACCCGAGCCCGGAGGUCCGUGGCGCUCGUCUCAAGAGGCGGGUGGUUCACUUUGACCAGCAGGGGGAGUUUGAGUCUGAAAGGCUGUGGCAGCACGUGACCCGCGCCAUCGUAGAGCGCGACCAAGUGCAGGCCACGCAGGAGAAGUUCGUGCUGGAGGAAGCCCAGCGCAAAGAGUCCAGGGAGAGGGGAGACAAACCCUGGACGCCGCGACUCUUCCACCAGGACCCCGUCAGCGGCGAGUGGACCUACAAACACGCCGAGACUCUUCCGUGGCGAGCGGAAAGUUGUCUGCUUCAGUUGGAGAGGGACGGCGUGAUCCAAACGCUGGAGAAAGGACCGAGGCGGCGCGACGGCCGGCCCGAGGCCAAAGUGAACGGGACGCGCAGGAAAGCUAGCAGUCAGCCGUCCAGCUGCAGCCAGAACACGGAGAGCAGCGGCAGCACCCCGGAGCCGGGGCACGAGUCCUCCGAUAAUGAAGAGUUCUUAAAGCACUGCGCACGCUGCAGCAGCAUGGCCCUUCUUCACACCUCCAUCACGUCCAUACACAAGACGCAGCAAGACAUUCAGAGGAACCUUUGGGCUCUCACCCGACAGCUCAAUCGUCAGCAGGCGGCGGACGACGGCGCGUCUUGGUUGGCGCGCCACUGCGCCGUCAUCUUUUUGGCGCUCCUCUCGCAUCUUCUCCUCCGCUUCUUCUACGCAUGAUAAAAGCAUCCCGUCCGCCGUCCCUCCCGCAAGCACAAAACAAUCAACCGGGGAGGGAAGGACAGGGGAAGGCUUUCGACUAGAACGGGACGGCUUUGCCCGAACGCCAUAAAUGCAAGUAAAUACAGGCCACCUGAGUUUGAAUUUCUAACACUGAUUUUUUUCUUCCCAAACAUUGAAAUUCAGCCACAGAAAGAAAAAAAAAAAAAAAACAGGGAAAAAAAUGUCACAAAAAUUCAGUGGCAAAGAAAAUAUUCCCCAAGUUUUUGCAUUCAAAUUAUUUUUGUGGCUGACUUUUUUUCUUUUUAAGCAGCUGAAUUUUAAUGCCGAAAAAUAUUCUGUGUUAAAAUUUGAAACUAAAAAUUCUGUUUUUCACAACUGAUUUCUUGCAUCUGAAUGUUUUGCAGCUGAGAAAAAUUCAGUGUUGAAUUGGAAUCAAAAAUUCAGAAUUUUUUGCAACUGAAUUUUGACUGCUGAAUUUUUGUGGUUGCCUUUGUUGCAGCUACAUUUUGAUGCUGGAAAUUUUUUAAAAAUGCUCAAAUUAUCUUUGAAUUUUUUUUGUGUGUGUGACCAUUUUUGCAGCUCAAUUUUUAUGACUUUUUUGCAGCUGAAAAAAAAAUCUGCCCCAGAAAUUAUUACAUAUUAUUUGUAUUAUAUUUUCAGUAUCCGAAUGUGCAACCAAAAAUUCUGAAUUUGUUGCGACUGAAAUUUUUUGCGACUGAAUUUCUGACUGAAUUGAGAAAAAUUCAGUGUUGAAAUUUGGAACCAAAAAUUCAGAUUUUUUUUUUUCUGUCAAAUUAUCUUUGAAUUUUUUGCAGCUCAAUGUUUUCUUUGCAGCUGAAGAAAAAAUCUGCAACAGAAAUUGAUUUUAAAUGAUCUGUAUCGAAUUUUCAGUAUAAGAAUUUGCAACUGAUUUUUGUACAGCUAAAUUUUGAGAAAUUCUGAGAAAAAUUCAGUGUUGAAAUUUGGAACAAAACGGCUGAGUUUUAUUUGCAACUGAGUUUUUGUGAUUGCAUUUUUUGCAGCGGAAUUUUGAUGCUGAAAAAAAAAACAAAAUUCAGAAUUUUUCAAUAAUCAGUUUUUUGCAACAGUUUUUUUUAGUUUUUUUCCAACUAAAUUUUCGUUGCUGAAUUUUUAUUACUGAGUUUCUUACAGCUAAAUUUUGGGGGGGAAAUCUGCUAGCAUAUAGAAAUCAGAAAAAUUGGCACAAAUUUCUUUGGUCACUGAAUUCCUGCAGCUCCAGUUUUAUGACUUUUUUUUUCGCUGUGGGGAAGAAAAAAAUCAGUUGCAAAAAAAAUUCAGCCGCAGAAAUUAAGUCAAUUAUUCAUAUUGAAUUUUAAGUAUUAGAAUUUGCAACCAAAAAUUCUGAAUUUUUCGCUCCUGAAUUUUUUUGCAACCGAAUUCUUGAAUUUUUCAGCAAAAAAAAAAAUUUCUUCCAACUGUUUUUUUUUUUUUUUUUUUUUUUUUUUGUGGCUGAUUUUAUCUAGCAUCGGAAUUUUCACUGCAGAAUUUUUUUUUACACAUGAGUAUUGCAAAAAUUCAAAAAAAAAAAUUUGCACCUCAAUUUUUUGUUACCUGAAUUUCUUGCAGAUAAAUUUUGACGCUAAAAUAUUUUAAACAUUUAGGAAAGAAAAAAGCACAAAAUUGAAUUGCAAAAUUUGACUUAAUUUUUGUAACUCAAAUUAUCUUUAAAACAAAAUUCAGCAGCAGAAAUUGAUUCGAAUUAAUUUGUACUGAAUUUUCAAUAUUACAAUUUUCCAACAAAAAAAUGAUUUUUUUUUUUUUUUUUUUUUUUUUUUUUGUGGCUGAUUUUAUUUAGCACCUGAAUUUUCUAUGCAUAAUUUUUGCAUCUGAAUAUUUUGGAGAUGAAUAUUGAUGCUUUGGAAAGAUUCGAAACCAAAAAUUCAGAUUUUUUUUUUUUUUGUGGCUUAAUUUUUUGUGACCAUAUUUCUUGCAAAUACAUUUUGAUGCUAAAACUACAAAACAAAUUCAGGAAAAAAAUAAGAAAGGAAAACUUCAAUUGCAAAAUUUGAGUUAAAUUAUCUUUAAAUAUUUUAUGUCACUGAAUUUUUGCAGCUGAAAGAAAAACUUUCAAUAUUAGAAUUUGCAAAGAAAAAUUCAGAUUUUUCCAAUUUAAAAAACUUUUUUUUUUUUUGCAACUGAAUUUUCAUGCUGGGUAAAAAAAUUCAGGCAGUAAUCUGAUUUUUUUUUUCUUUUAGGUGGAACUUUGUUAAAAUUCUAAAAUGGUUAGAAAUUCAAUCCCUGGUGGCAUAGAUUUACUUCCAUAGCGAUAGCAAUAAACACUUCCCCCGACAGAUCGCAACGCCUCCCCCUAGCGUAGCUGGAUGGAAGCGCACGGGCACCCACGCACUUUGGACGAGAAAGACGGUCUUUCAGUGUAAAAAAAAAAAAAAGUACUAUGAAAAAUGAUUUGGAAGAAAAUCAACUGAGAAAAUGGGCCUUAACCGCUGAUGCCAAAAAAAAAAAAAAAACCAUCAUGUACAACAACCGAAAGAAGGAACACCUUUUUCUUUUUAUGAAUCAUUUUACCAAAACAGUAUUUAUAUACGGAAAAGACAACGAGUUCUUGUUUACAGGGAGCACUGUGUGUGUGUGUAUGUUUCUACGAGUGACACAUACUGUAGGAAGGAAGCAGAAGGUUAAAAGGGGUCAAGAGGGGGCGCCGUACAAAGUGUCUUUAUAUUUGUGUGCCUGGAAGGGGCCGUUUUGUAGCACUCUUUUUUUUUUUUUUUUUUGCCUGGCAACAACUAGUUCACUCACCCCGAAAAAUUUGCUAUUUAACACUAGUGUAACCCAACGACCAAUAGGCUUACGGCAACUUUCUAAUUUUGUCAAAAACAUCUCAUCGACAGCAAUAUACGUCUGGCAGCGAAUUAACCAAUGAUCAUUCACUGCCAGAACCUACGGGUCAAUAGCGGGAAAGAUUUAAAAUCAUGUUUUGGUCCGUGGAAUAUUCGGGGGAAAAAAAUAGCCCUAUGAGAACAAAGUCGAAAUAUUAGAGGAUUUCAGUCAUACAGCAUAAUACAUCGCAAUAUUAUGACUUUUAAGUACUUCAUGAGGUUAAAGUCACUUCACGGUAAAAUGUAUGCAGGCGUAAUAUUACAACUUAGUCAUUUUGCGUACUUUUUAAAAUUGAAAUCGGAAUGUUGCGUGAAAAUCGCGAUGCUUACGGGAUUAAAAUCGGAAUAUUACUUAAUUUUACAAAAUUAAUGUCGGAGAAUUACGUUAAUUAAAUAUUAAGUCGUAAUAUUAUGAGAUUAAAGUCGGAAUAAUAAGUAACUUCACGGACUUUACAUAAAAUGUAUGAAAUCUAAAAUCGUAAUUUACGACUUUUUAACUUUACGUACUUUACAAGAUUGAGAAGCGCGAACGUCGUCAUGUUCUGAGAUAAUAAUUGUCAUAGUACGGGACUAAAAUCAUACAUCGUAAUGCCGUAUACGUUGGAGGAAGCAUGGCUAAAUCAUAAUAUGACCUAAAUCGGAAUAUGACGUAACUUCAUGGACGUCUAAUGUAAACGGCUAGGCUAAAUCGUAACAUGACUUUACGUCCUUUACAACAUUAAAGUAGGAAUAUUAUUUAACUUUACGGACGUCAGAUGUAUGUAAGUGGCUAAGCUAAAUAAUAUUACGACUUAUGUACUUAACGAAAUUUGAAGUCGUAUGUUCUGAGAUAAAAGUCAUAAUAUUACGGUUGUAAAAUCACGCAUCGUAAUGUAGCAUACCAUGCACGCGGCAUAGCUAAAUCGUAAUAUGAUUUUACGUGCUUUACAAGAUUAAUUUGGGAGUAUUACGUAACUUCAUGGAUUUAACGUUGUAUGUAUGUAAGCGACUAGGCUAAAUCGUAAUGUUAUGAAAUUAAAGUCGGAAUAUUAUGUAACUUCAGGGACUUGAGAUAAAAUGUUUGCAAGCUAAAAUCGUAAUAUUACGGCUUUUAACUUUACGUACUAUACAAGAUUGAGAAGAGUGAACGUCGUCGUGUUCUGCUGUAAAAAUUGCAAUUUUACGGGAUUAAAAUCAUACGUCGUGAUGUCGUAUACGUUGGAUGCAGCAUGGCUAAAUUGUAAUAUGACUUCAGUCGGAAUGUAACGUAACUUCAUGGACGUCAAAUGCAUGUAAGUGGCUAGGUUAAAAGGUAAUAUUACGACUUCACGUACUUUACGAGAUUGAAGUCGUACGUCUGUGUAUUAUGAGAUAAAAGUUGUAAAAUCAUGCAUCAUAAUGUAGCAUACGUUGGAUGCGGCAUAGCUAAAUCAUUAUAGGACUGCGUGCUUGGGGAGAUUAAUGUCUGAGUAUUUCAAAAAUAGAAUACUACGAGAAAAAGUUAUAAUAUUACAAGAUUUAGGUCGGAAUAUUAUAUAAUUUCAUGGACUUUACGACAUGUAUGUUAAGCAGCAAGGCUAAAUUCUAACAGUACAACUUUACGUUUGAAUCCCAACAGUAAGAGAUUUAAAACGUACAUUAUAUUAUGUAAAGUGGUAAUAUUCCAACUUUUUUUCUCAUAGGCCUAUUUUCUUCUCCUUUCUUUGCGACUCCGUCGUACAUAAGUGACUUCUUUUUUUAAAAAUGUAAAAACACUUUUUUUUUUUUCUUUUGUACAUAUUUGUCUGCUGUGCUUUUACACUCUGUUCAUAUUUUUGGAAUGUAUUUAUUGUCAUUUUUUUUAACCCUUUGGUAAGUCAUGUGGGAGCGUGCACUGCAAAAAAAAAAAAAAAAAAAAUCUGUUAAAUUGACGUGAGAAUUUUGGGGAAAUGUUAAAUAGACGGAGAACUAAAAGUAAAAAGGAUGACAUUUGAACUGUUGUUUUUAUGGAUUUCCUUUAGGGACAUCGACAGACAUGAAAUAAAUUUAAACCAUCUUGUGUGCACCAGAUUGUAUUUGGUCCGCACUAGAAACUAUCUGGUACGCACCAGAUAGUAUGUGGUGUCUCCGAAAACCUAAAAACUAGUUUCUAGUGCGUAUCACAUACUAUUUGGUGCACACAAGGUAAGUUUCUAGUGCUCUCUGGAUAGUAUUUGGUGCUUACUAGGCACUAUGGUGCACCAGAUAGUUUCUAGUGCUUAGCGCAUACGAGUUUGUGUGCGCCAGAUUGUUUAUGGUGCACACCACAUACUAUUUGGUGCACACCAGAUUUUUUCUGCUGCGCAACAGGUAGUUUCUAGUGCACACCACAUGCUAUUUGGUGCACACCAGAUAAUUUCUAGUGUACACCACAAACAAUUUGGUGCACACCAGAUAGUUUCUACAGCACACCACAUACAAUUUGGUGCGCAGCAGAUUGUUUCUGAUGCGCAACAGGAAGUUUAUAGUGCGCACCAGAUAGUAUGUAGUGCGCACUAGAAUCUAUCUGGUCCACACCAAAUAGAAAAGAAUCUGGUGUGGACUAGAUAGUUUCUAUUGCUCAUCACAUACUAUUUUAUGCGCACCAGUGUGCAUCAGGUAGUCUAUAGUGCGCACCAGAUCGUAUGUGGUCCGCACUAGAAACUUUCUGGUGCGCCAGAUAGUUUCUAGUGCGCAUCAGGUAGUCUAUAGUGCGCACCAGAUCAUAUGUGGUCCACACGAGAAACUUUCUGGUGCACCAGAUAGCUUCUAGUGCUUAUCACAUACUAGUCGGUGCGCAGCAGGUAGUUUCUUGUGCACACCACAUACUAUGUAGUGCGUACCAGAUUGUUUCUGGUGCGCAUCAAAUACUAUUUGGUGCGCACCGGAUUGUUUCUGGUGCCCACCUGGUAGUUUCUAGUGCACACCACAUACUAUUUGAUGCGCAACAGGAAGUUUAUAGUGCGCACCAGAUAGUAUGUGGUGCGCCAGAUAGUUUCUAGUGCUUAUCACAUACUAGUUCGUGCGCACCAGAUUGUUUCUGGAGCACACCACAUACUAUUUGGUGCACACCAGAUUGUUUAUGGUACGCAACAGCAAGUUUAUAGUGCGCAACAUAUAGUAUGUGGUGGACACUAGAAUCUAUCUGGUCCGCACCAGAUACUUUUUCAUCUGGUGCACACCAGAUAGUUUCUAGUGCGCAUCACAUACUAUUUCGUGCACACCAGAUUGUUUCUAGUGUGCAUCAGGUAGUCUGUAGUGCGCACCAGAUCAUAUGUGGUCCACACUAGAAACUUUCUGGUGCGCCAGAUAGCUUCUAGUGCUUAUCACAUACUAGUUGGUGCGCACCAGGUAGUUUCUUGUCCACACCACAUACUAUGUAGUGCGUACCAGAUAGUAUUUGAUGCGCACCGGAUUGUUUCUGGUGCGCACCAGGUAGUUUCUAGUGCACACCACAUACUAUUUGGUGCGCACCAGAUUGUUCAUGGUGCGCAAAAGGGAAGUUCAUAGUGCGCACUAAAUAGUAUGUGGUGCAUACUAGAAUCUAUCUGGUGUGCACCAGAAAAGUAUCUGGUGCGCACCAGAUAGUUUCUAAUACGUAUCACAAACUAUUUCGUGCGCACCAGAUUGUCUCUGGUGUGCAUCAGGUCAUAUAGUGCGCACCAGAUCAUAUGUUGUCCGCACUAGAAACUUUCUAGUGUGCCAGAUAGUUUCUGGUGUGCAUCAGGUCAUAUAGUGCGCACCAGAUCAUAUGUUGUCCACACUACAAACUUUCUAGUGUGCCAGAUAGUUUCUGGUGCUUAAUCUGGUGCGCACCAGAUUGUUUCUGGUGCACAUCAGGUAGUUUCUAGCACACCACAUACUAUGUAGUGCGCACCAGAUUGUUUCUGGUGCACAUCAUAUACUAUUUGGUGUGCACCAGAUUAAAAAAGUAACUGUGCGCACCAGAUGAUUUAAAUUUAUUUUAUUUCUGUCGAUGUCCCUUUAUAGGCUCCGUAGGUGUCUGAUGCGCGAAGGCAGUUUGGGCCUAUAAAAUGGAACUUCAAAGAUAGAAAAGUAUCUGGUGCGCACCAGAAAGUUUCUAGUGUCUAGUGUGCACACACACUUUUUUUUUUUAAUGAAUUUAAACACAGCCAAAAUUUUAAACAGUGCUCGCAAAGCAAGGCUGCCAUUCGUGCUUUUUCUACGUGCGUAUUUUGAGUUCCGCUAAAAAAGCAAAGCCAUGACUGCCAUCUUGUUAAUUUUUUUUUUUCCAAUUAUCUGUAACCUUUCAGUCCAUUGCCACUAGUGGCGAUCCCAACGGGAGCAAAUUUUAGCGAUGAAAGUCGACUGAUGAAUGAUUUUAUGUAUUUUUUACAGUUUUUUUUCUUCAUGAUUUUCCUCUUUUUUUUUAUACUCAAUGGCCAUUUUCUUGGAUUGUAUAUGCCACUUUGAUUUUAUUAUAUUGAACAAAACCUAUUCCGCUCACAAUGAUGCUCAAUUUUUUCAUUCACACUUGUUGCACACUGUAGCACUACAGUAAAAUAAAAACUUUUAACCCUGA